AUGUCCAGCCAGAAGGAACCAAAGCGAGCCGCGGUCUUGUCCACACUGCGCUCCCCUAAAUGUUGCCGGUGCCGAAACCACGGGAUCAUCACGGUCCUAAAGGGACACAAAAGAUUCUGUCAAUGGAAGAACUGCACAUGUGAAAACUGCCUUCUGUUGAUGAAACGCCAACAAAAUUCAAAGGAACAGAUCGCUCUGAGACGUCUCUGGAAACAGGAGGAAGAUAUGGGGCUGGUGGCACCAACGCCCCUUAAUACAGAUUCCCUACAAGUUCUCAUCCACCGGUAUCCCCACUACGACGUGGAGAAGUUAGGAGCCGUGUUGAAGUCAUGUGACGGAGAUACUCAAAAAGCGAUAGAGAAGAUUGACGUCGCCAUGAACAGAGCUUUGGACACGAUCACGACGGAACCAAAGACUGACCUGACACCAGCAGGCACAGGAGGUGUCGGAAUGGGGUUUCUCGGCUUCCAGGGGUAUAAUCCAGGAUUCCACGCUCCGCUACCUCCAACCAACACAAUCCCCAAUCCCCUCUCACCCCGGGGCAGUAUGCCGAUGUACCCAAGGGCUCCCUACAUGUAUCCUUACAAUCCUGUCCCUCGUUUGUUUCCAACAGCCCAACAGGAUGUGACAUACAGUGGGGAUUUUCACAGUCCAGAACCCCGGUCGGAACAGUCUGUUCAGGACUUCCAAUCUCCAAGGACCCCUUUCUAUCCGGAAAAUCAAAGUUCAGUAGAAUCGCUUAUUGGGUAUCCCAAAGUGUCGGAAGUGGGUGUGUUCCAACCCCGCCCAUCAACUGCGGACUCUGAAACGGAGGGGAAUUUGGUUAUUGACUUGAAGGAUGAGGAGAACGUUUGUCCAGAGGGACUCCUCACAACCUAUUCUUCUCAGUGA